AUGAAUGUGGCCAUUACUCCUAGCGCCUUUUCCCUGCCCGGCGCCUUCAGCUUCGAAGGGGACCCCGCCGAUAAGAGGAGGCAGAAGAAGAUCAACGAUAUAGUCACCAUGUGCCUGGUGAUAAUCGCUUUUGUUGCCACGAUGUGGCUGCUGCAGGAGUUGUCUGGCUUCUUGGUUCCCCUCGUCUUCGCGGUGUUCCUGGCGUUCCUGAUGGAACCCGUCCUGAGGUGCAUCGUGCUGGCGCCGCAGAGGUGUUGCCGUCGCGCCAGGCGCGCCAGGCGCCACGACGACCAGUGCCGCCUGGGCUUCCUGGAGACCAGAGGCCCCAUGUGGCUGCAGAGCGCCUGGGACUUCAUCGGCGUGGCACUGUGCUUCGCGCUGAUCGUGCUGAUCCUCGGCAUCCCCAUCGUCGGGUCCUACCAGGCAAUCAGCACAUUCGACUGGAAGGACUACGCGGACGUGGAUAAGGUCGACCAGAUGCAGAAAGCCUUGAACGCCAUAGGCAUCAACAACAAGACCUGGGAUUUCGGCAAGCUAGUUGCCGACCAUGAAAGCCAGGUGAUGGAUGUCGCGUCGGCGACCAUCGGCGUUGGCUCCGACAUAGUGCUGACGCUGCUGCUCUUCAUAUUUUCGCUGGCGGCGACACUUCCUGGAAUCCACCAGGGGCGCCCGACACCUCCAGUGCGCGACCUCAUGCGCCGAUACUUGGUCUGGAAAUCAGUGGCCACUCUGAUCAUCACGCUCGCUGUGGUUUUGACACUCUGCGCGAUGAAAGUUCCGCUGGUGCCCGUCUGCGCCAUGUUGACGUUCAUCCUGAAUUUUAUACCGAACGUAGGCUCAUUCUUUGCGAUCCUGGCGCCGCUUCCGCUUGUGUACUUCAAGAAGCACAGCACGACUGCAGACUUGGUCCUGGCUGGGCUCGUACCGUUCUGCAUCCACAACGUCCUCGGCUGCCUGCUGGAACCCCAGCUGAUGGCACAGGGGCUAGAGCUGAACUCUCUGGUCGUGGUGAUGGCCCUGACGUUCUGGGGAUGCGUGUGGGGCAUCCCCGGAGCCGUGCUGUCGGUGCCCAUCACGUGCGCCAUCAAGCUCACCCUGCGGGACGCCGAGAACCAGAACUACCUGGUCAAGGAGCUGCGGAGCCGCCUGGAGGACCCGCUCGGGCCCGGCGCGGAGUCCUUCGUCGCCGCGGCCCCCCUCGCCGGCAUGCCCCAGUCGCCGCUGCCGCGGGUCGAGAGCGAGCUCUCCACGCCGCUGCGCGGGGACUCCGGCGCGCCCUGA